CGUCGCUGUUUCUGGGUUUCACUAUGUUAACGCGGUUAUGUUGUGGUUCAGUUACAGCUAAAACUUAGAGUUGCAUCAGUGUGGACCAUCAUAAUGGUUGUCUUAUAGAAUAUGGUCAAAUAUGACGGUGGGUUUUCAGAACCUUCCGGGAUAGACUUUGCAGCUGCGUUGUUCUAAGUGACUCUCCGGAUGUUGUUUAUUAUAACUUCAAGAUAAUUGCCAAUAAACUUAAUGGUACAUAAUUGCAAAGUGGAGGGGGCGGGGGAUGCAUAAUUUUCAACAUUUUCACAAAUGACUAUCUGACAAAUGUGUUGUGCAUAUUCACAUAGUUAAUAUGAUAUUACAACAGGUUUUUAUAAGUGCAGGUGUUUUCUGAUUUGUGUCUAUCAGCUUUGCAAAAUUGCUCACGAUCAGUCAAGUUAGAAGGAGAACGUUUGUGAUACUUUGAGAGAAACGAUCAUCGUUUAAGGAGUUUGUCCUGCUGGGAAGUGAACCCCCAUCCCAGUCUCAGGUCUUCUGUGGCCUACAACAAGUUUUCUUCCAGGAUUAUCCUGGACUCACCUCCAUCCAUUUUCCCAUCGACCCCGACCCUGUCAGUCCCAAAGAAACUCAUCCCCACAUCAUCAUAAUGCUUCCAACCUUUACUGGGAUUAAAUUAUACAAAGGUGGACUUUAUUUACUAUAUAGCUGAUGCUCAGGUCCUGGCAGGCAGCAGGAAGAACGAACAGCUCCAUCCAGUAUGGAAGACUUCAGGUGGACGUACCUGCAGCUGUGUAAGGAGGGCGGGGUGGAGCCCCAGGAGAGUGUUGUGGCUCAGCUCCAGGAGAGCAGGGCCGCCCACAGCUCCAGGCUGGACCUGAGUGGACACAGCCUGUCCACUGACACCUGCAGCGUCCUGGCCAGGGCCUUCCAGAAGGACGCCGUCUUCACAGAGGUCUCCCUUAGUGACUGCAUGCUAACAGAGGAAGGUGGGUCCCUGCUUAUUCUGGAUGUUUCUCUGGUCCAACACCAUAAUCAGCUGAGUGGUUCGUUAGCAGGCCUCUGCACGACUUUGAUCUGCGUCAAGAUGAGUGAAAGAGAAGGCACCAAGAUGAUUUUGGCUGGACUGUUUCACAACACAUCAGUGAAAUGUCUGGAUCUAAAGGGAAACAACCUGAGAUCUACAGGAGCUGAGGUUCUGGGCAAGCUGCUGGGAUGUAACAAGACACUGCACAGGCUGGUGUUGGAGUGGAAUGCUCUGGGUGUGUGGGAAGAGUCUUUUUCGCUGUUCUGUGAUGGGUUGGCGUCCAACAACACUCUGACACACCUGGACCUGCGCAACAAUCAGGUCAACCACCACGGCGCCUCGGAGCUGGCGCUGGCCCUCAGACGCAACAGCACCCUGCAGGAGCUAGACCUGAGGUGGAACAACAUCGGUCUGCUGGGUGGGAGGUCCCUGCUGGAGGCCCUGCAGAAGAACAAGAGCGUAGUACAGCUCGAGAUGGCAGGAAACAACAUUCCCAGUGACAUUCUCAAAGCUCUGGAGCAGAGCACAGGACACAACUCUGAAAGAGAGUUCACGCUGAGAGAAAGCCGCAACAAGACCCAUGUCCUCAGCAGAGAGAUCCAGUCACUGAAGGAGGAAAAGGGUCGCCAGUUCCUCAGCCUGAUGGAGACAAUAGACAGGCAGAGGGACGAGAUGGGACGCUCCACCAAGUCAACCUCUGCUCAGAUUGGUCAACUCCAACAAGCUCUGAAUGAGAGGAAGUCAGCGAUCAACUCCCUCACUGCCAAGUUGCAGAUGACAGAAGCAGCUCUGGCCCUCUCAGAGCAGAAAGGUCAGAGUAUGGGUGAGGUCCUGUCUCACAUGAAGGCUGAGAAAGAAGAGCAGAAGGAGCUGCAGAGCCGACUGAGGAAGAAGCAGGAAGAGGAAAGUUCCCUCAGGGAGGGAAAACUCCACAGAGAGAUCCAGAACCUGAUGGAAACCAACGGCCAACUCAGGAAUAAAGUGGAGGAGCUGGAAUGCAGGUGCAAGUCUCAGCAGCAGCAGAUCUUUGAGCUGAAGCAGGAGCUCACCAACAGCACCGCAGAGCUCAAGAUGCGGCUAACGAAGGCAGAAGAUCGGCUGGAGUCAGAGAAGCGGCGGUCCAAGCAAACCCUGGAGGACAUGGAGAGCCUGAGACACAAAGAGGUGGAGAACGUCAGCCGGCAUCUAGAGGAGAGUGAGAGAGCUCUGCAGGAGCGGAUCUUCAAACUGGAGGCGCAGAGGAUCCAGCUGGAAGAGGAGCUGGGUAAAACUAAAGCAGCCGUUGUGACAGAGAGGGCCCAGGCAGAGGAGGAACUGGGAAAAGUGCGAACUCAAAUGCGCUUGGAGGAGCAGGAGCACGUGUCGUCCCUGGAGGAGAAGCUGCGCUCCCUGCGUGCGUCCAUGCAGCAGCUGCAGCUGCACUGCUCCCAGCAGAAACAGAGCAUCUCUGAGCUGCAGGCGAAGAGCAGCCACCAGAGCGUGGAGAUGGACGGCCUGCGGCGCCGGAUAGAGGAGCUUCAGCAGGAUCUGUCUGGAAAAGAGCAGGAGAAGGUGGCUGAGGUGAGCAGGGUCAGAGUGGAGCUGCUGGAGCAGAUUGGACAGCUGGAAGCAGACAGGACGGCACAAGAGGGGCUCAAAGCAAAGAUCAGUGCUGUGGAGAGAGAGAUGAAAGUUCUGACAAAUAAUCACCGUGAAGUGCUUCUUGACAAAGAGAGUGAAAAGUCUUCCCUGUUGGAAAAGCUGCGGCUGAAGGAAGUGGAGAUCCAGCGGAUGAAGGAGGACGAGGCCCAGAGAGCCAGCUACCUGCAGAGCGCCAUCCUCAGCUACGUUCAAGGCUCCCCGCUGGGACACUACAGCAGCCCCAACAAGUAGUGGAACCAGUGGAAUCCCACUCAUGACCAGUGAACACCUGCUCCAGUCACUACACCUCACUGGAACUGACUGACAGAUUUUAGACGCCAUGAAACGCUGACGUUAGAAGAGCUCUGAACAUAGAAGUUUUCAUUUCUGACCAGGCUGGGGCUCAUCCUCCCCACUCUGGUCCCUUUGCUCUCUGGUGUGUGUUUGGGAGUGUCUGUGUGGUAACUGGAGGUGGACAACAGUCAUGCAAAGGUUUUUUUUUUAUUUUUUCUUGCCCCAUGGUCACCAUGGUGAUGAUGACCGGAGACAGUAGUUUCUCAUGGUGCAGCUGUAGCAGCUCUGUUCUUUCUGCUCCACUGCCCUCCAGACUGUAAACAUUAAAAUGUCCGGCAGUUUUUGGCCUGAGGUGGUGCUGAUACAGACAUAAACCCCAAGGAUUAAUGGAUCCAGUUCAGGGAUACAUCCUGAGUCGUGUGCUGUCUGGAGGUUCAGUUUUCAGUGGAACGAAGCAGAACAGGUCUGGGUUUAAGUUUAUGAACAUAAAAACCAGAGAAAGUCUGUCGAUCAUCAGCAUUUGUUUGCUUUUUACCCAGAUAUUCACUAAAUUUCAUCAAAUUUUGUAUUUAUGUUAAUAAAUGUGUAAAUUCAUGCACAUUCUAAACAAGGUUUUGAAGAAUAAAGCAAUAUUACUGUACCAAUAAAUAGCUUUUAAUUUAACCUUUGAUGGCUGAAAUCAAUCUCACCACUCAGAUCAGUUGUUUGAUCUCAGUUUCUUAUUUUCUGCUAACAGGAUUCAAAGAUGGAAACUUUCCCCUUUGGGUCAGUAAAAGGAAACAGCAGCAGGAAAGUAUCGGGAAUCUUGAAGCUUAUUGUUUUCAGUAAACUAUUUCUUUAUUUGUGAGGCAGUGAUGUUUUUUGUUUUGUCUGUUUUCCUGCUAUUUGGUGUGACUGCUCAUCUAGCGCCGCUGUUAGCGCUGGAAUAUGUACCGUCCUCAAUCCUGCUCACCAGUUUACAAAUAUUUUUAAAUGUGAGCUCCAUUUUUAGAGGAAGUGAAGCAAGAUGAUCCUCUGAUUGGAUCAUAGAGUUCAUUUUUACACAAACUUUGUAUUCUAAUUGCAUCUUUAUAUCACAAGGAAAUAUUUUGUAUCAUGUUAUUUUUUCAAAUGUAUUCCAUUUUGUGAUUUUGUCAAAAAACAAAAUAAAUGUCUAUUUUCUUGUAUCAUUA